AUGUGGUACAAUGUUAAGGAACCAUCAUCUUUGGGAUUUGCUGUGCAGACAGACACCCUAGAAGUCAGUGCAUGGUCCAUAGAAGUUCUGUCUGAGGAGCCGGUGAGUGUGGCCGGCAGUAAGUGCAACACCAUCUACAAAGGUUUUGCUGAGUGCCUCAUCAGCCUCGGGGACAGCAUGGCUCAAAGUGCACAGCAGGAGCAGCAGCCGGAUGACGAUAGCAUCCAGGAGCAGCAGGAGCUGGACGUCAUCUGCAAGUCCUGGGACGACUUCCACACCUGUGCCACCCAGGUUCUGUCCAGGUGCCCCGAGGAGGCAGCGAAAAUCUGGGAGUCGCUUCGGCAGGAGUCCCGGAAGAUCCAGUUCCAAGGCAACCUUCACGACCUCUGCAGCUCACGGGCCCAGCUGGCCGGCAGUGGCAGGGCUUCAGAUAUGGAUGAGACCAACAAGGAGACCUUGCGAGGGGAAGCCUGGCACCCUCGGCCCAGCUUUGUGGGCAGCCUGACUCUUGUGGCUCUCUUGGCUUUGGUGCCCUUUGCCUAGCCAGGGAGCAGUGGGAGGCCUCCCUCCCUCCUGUCCACCACAGUGCAGACCAGUGGCCCAGCACCGCUGCCUACCAGGGAAAUUGGGAUCAGGCCUGGCAGUCGGCAGCGGUGCUCAGCGUGUCCUGAUGACGGGGGCACAAGGCCCUCUGGGUGGAAGAGGCAGGAUGCCAUGGCCUUGCCUGCCUUGUGUCUUGCCCUGCUCAAAGAGGCUGGGUUGGGCUAAUGGUGCUCUUCCUGUCCCCGU